UUCAGUUCAGUGGCCGACGAUCGCAGCAAACGGUCGUUUGUUUUCCCCAUCAUCGACGGCAACACAAAAUUGUGCUUGAGUAAAUUUUCCCGAACGCUUGGUUCGAUUUUCCUAGGUUUUUUCUUUCGGAAAACCCCCUUUUUUUAGUGCUUAGUGGUGCUGGUGCCGGUAGUAGUUCGAUCGGUGUAAAACGGGGCGACUAAUGUUUUUGUUUUGGGCGGAGUGAUUUGAGUGAACUUCCAAAUUUGUUUUGUGGAUCGCGGCGCGCCGUUGGGUGAGAUUUUCGAAAUGACGCCAGUUGCUGUAAUGGAAUCACCCUUGCGAAGGUCCGAUGCCUCCCGACUUUUCCGGACCCCAAGGACACCGGCUACCGAGGAGGUGAAUGACGAUGAGGCGGAACGAAGAAUUCGGCGGUCUGCGGCCAGUUUGGACGAAAGCACCGUUGCCGGAGGCAAUACUGUCGAAGAUAAUGAAAACAUCAAAAUGUGCCUUCAACUGUACUCAGAUAACAAAUUGAGUAAGGACAAUGCCUGGUCGGUGACGAUUAUUGACACCUUCGCCAAGCUGAUGUCCCGGCACUCGAAUACGAUGCAGAAUUUCCAGGUUGCUGGCUCGACCUUGGAGGCUUCCACCAAGGUCUACGGGCUGCGGGUUGAUUCCGUUCACACCGAUGUGAUGCGGAUGUGCUCCGAGCUGACCCGGCAGUCUGCCCGGGCAAUGGACAACAACCGGGAAGCGGAAGAAGACGACGGUGACGAUGGGGCCAACAAAGAGAAUGACGCCAGUAUAGCAGGGGGCAGCGGGGAGGGGGCAGGCACACAAGAUCAACCGAAACCGAAGAAGAAACGUGCCAAAAAGCAGGUUAGCACGGUUACAAAAAAUAAGGAAAGCAUAAACGCCACCCUCGAUACCAAUCCUUUCACGGAUCCAUUUUUCGCAAAACUGAAUUCCGUUGUCGGCGACGUGAACAGCUCGAGUCGGUUGAUGCAAAAUUUGAUACCGACCGAAAACGGCGAACUGAAGCUGCGGAUGGAUUAUGCCUUCUGGGAUGCCUCAGAUUCCUUGGAGUUGGACUUGGACGUAGAGGAAGAUUACGAAGACUGUUCAGCACUCACCACGAUUACCUUAUAUAGUGUAACGCGAGCAAACAAGUUGCAUCAAACACGAGAAGGGUACGUGAUAACGGAUGCACCUGCGGAAGAGGAAGACAAUGACGAAGACCAGCUCAAAGAUACCCAGGAUCCGCAGAUUCGAGAUGCAGAUAUGCCCCUGGAUCGGUCGGCUCUGGAUGUUCGAUUCGAUAUGGACGCAGAUGUUGAACCGAUUCCAGUUGGGGACGCUUACAUCAUCGAUUAUGCCUCGACUGAUGCCCUGGGAGGCCCAGAUAAUGACGAUGAUUUCAAUGAGGACGAUCAGCUCGCGUUACAAAAUUGCAGAGGUCUCAAGCGAAAAACCGUUGUCAUCGAAGAUAUGCGUCCGAUAGAUUCUUCUUCGGCUAAUUUGGAAUAUUCUUACCGAGCGCUGGACACCAUCUCGCAGUUUUGGGCUGGUCCUUCCCAUUGGAAGUUCAAGAGGUCAAGGAAUCUGCGAGGUUUAUCGUUAGCCCUCAGUACGGUUUCCGGCAGUGAUGCAAAAGCAUCGAAGCCCAAAGAUAAAAUAACGAAAAAGAAAAAACGCUUUGAAGGGGACACCCUGGACGACAUUAUAAGCGUGGGUGAGGAGUUUUUCCCGCCGUACAGUCAAACUCGUCCCGUUAAAAACAUAACUCAUUUGAAGAGUUUGAUCUGUCGAAAGUGGGAUGCUAAAAAACUGAAGUUACCCACAGAUUUUCAUUUAGAACGGAACAGAUUUGAUGUGAACCAGUUUAGCCGGGGUUUGAAAGUAAAAGACGUGGACGCUGCUCCAGAGCCAGAUGUUCCAGCGGAUGACUACGAUUACGACAAUCCAGUUGAUCCAAACUAUUGCAGUCGAGUAGGGAACGAAAUCGCCGACAGUGUUGCGGAUGAUGCUGGAACCCUUGGCGGUGGAGAUGAUCAUCAUCAUUUUGACGACAUCAGUCGAGACGGUGACGGACCUUCUGGCGCUCCUACCCUCAACACCAGUGCAGAUUUUAUACCUACAGAAUUCCAAGGUGCCCCAGAUAAGGUGGCAAAAAUUCACAUAGCGUACGCAAAAACGGCUAAAGUGGUAGACAUGAAACAGCUCAAAACCUGCUGUUGGAGGCUAAUCACUGAACAGCACACAGCAAACGCGGACCCGAACGUAUCCGGCAGUAGUACAACCGAACCAAGUGAAGGCAAGGCCAAAUUCUCCACCAUCUAUCGGGAAUUGCCGAACAUUCUCACCAAAACGAUGAGUGAAAACAUUUCCAAAUCGCUAGCAUUCUACUCGGUUCUGCAUCUUACGAACGAACGAUCCCUGAGGUUGGUGCGGCAAGAUGAUCUGAAAGAUUUUACGAUUCUACCCCCAGCGUAACGCAAGAAUGCGGUGCUGUUUUAGUUGAUAGAUUCGAAUAGUGCAAAGUAGUUUAUCCCAAUGCGAACGUCUACUUUUAUUAAUUUACCUUUCAUAUACGCAAAUACGUCAUUCAACCGGCGACUCCGAAAUAACAAGAAUAAAUUAUAGAAACUUUCCACCACGAGCGGUAUUUCCUUCUUUUUUUUAGAAAGGCAAUAUUCUCGGAACAUACCUUGCUUUCCUAUCACAGCUUAGAAUAUUGUCUCAUAUGUUGAAAAUAGUUUUAAGAAAGAAUUUUUUCAACGAAUGCAUUUCCAUGAGGACCAAUCGCUAUGCGAAACACGUUGAAAGUUACGGAUUCUAUAGCAUUUUAAAACAAGGAACGAGUGUAAAAUAUAGUUUGUUAAUAUAGCUGAGGAUUCCUGAUAA